AUGUGUAGGAUCCCUUUUUCCCCCCCUGGUCCCGAGUCCUGUUUCUAGUUGCCGGGUAGGGAUGCUGUGCGGACCAUUCCAUCGUCUGUCCCAAGCUUAUGGAGAACCGCUGACUUGCUGGCUUCCAGGAACCAGGGUGCUGAAAUGGAACAUAUAUUUUUGAUUCUUCUACUGUUUAGUAAGGCCUUAUCACUUGGAGCUCAAUUCAAUGGAUACAACUGUGACGCCAACUUUCACAGCCGCUUUCCCGCCGAGAGGGAUAUCAGUGUGUACUGUGGGGUGCAGACCAUUACCCUCAAGAUCAACUUCUGCCCUGUCCUCUUUUCUGGCUACACCGACACUGACCUGGCCCUCAAUGGUCGCCAUGGAGACGCCCACUGUCGAGGUUUCAUCAAUAACAACACCUUUCCCACUGUAGUAAUCUUCAGUAUCAGCCUGGCGACGCUGGAGUCCUGCGGCAAUGUCCUGGUGGUGUCCACAGCACAAGGACCCAACGCUUAUGGGAACCUGUCACUGGUGCAGAUUGGAAACAUAUCAGGGUAUAUCGACACACCAGAUCCCCCCACCAUAAUCAGCUACCUGCCAGGUCUGCUGUACAAGUUCAGCUGCAGUUACCCGCUGGAAUACCUGGUCAACAACACACAGCUGGCCUCGUCUGCAGCUGCAAUCUCAGUGAAGGAAAGCAAUGGUACUUUCGUCAGCACGUUGAAUCUACUGCUUUACAACGACUCAUCAUACAUUCAGCAGCUGGCCAUCCCGAUGGCAGGACUGACCCUGAAGACGCGGGUGUAUGCAGCUGUAAAAGCUUCUAACCUGGACAGGAGAUGGAACGUUCUCAUGGACUACUGUUACACCACCCCCUCUGGAAACCCCAACGAUGACCUCCGCUAUGACCUUUUCUUUAGCUGUGAAAAAGACCCCCAGACCGCUGUCUUUGAAAAUGGGAAGAGCCAAAUGGGCCGCUUUGCCUUUGAAGUAUUUCGCUUUGUAAAGCACAAGAACCAGAAGAUGUCCACUGUCUUUCUGCACUGCGUCACCAAGCUGUGUCGAGCAGAUGACUGUCCAAUGCUCAUGCCAAUCUGUGGCAGCAGGAAAAAGAGAGACGUCUCAGAGGGAAAGGAAUCAAACGCUGCUACUGGGAAUGCUGUCCUGACUGCGGGGCCUAUCAUCACUCGGAGUGAGGAAACGCCAACCAACAACUCUCAGCUGGCCCAUCUGAAAGCUCCAGUGUUUCAGAUGAACACAGUGACAAGCGCGCUCAUCUCAGGCAUCAUCAUCCUGGGCGUCAUGAGUGUUUGCUUCUUCAUCUUCUCCCUAACCCUCCUCAAAGGAAAGAGCGCUCCUGUCAGCAGCCUGUCUGGAGUCCGCAACCCAGCCUUCAACUGAGCACCUGAACCCAACUCACUGCAGACACUCCUCCACAAGUGACAGUGCUAAGCGAGGGGCAAACAACAUGAUGCGACAUGAUGUUUGUGCAUGUAGUCUUUUUACAGGAUGUUGAUUUAGAAAACUGUUAACAGGUCUGUACAAUGUGCCUUAGUGUAGAAGUAAAGCAGGACUUUUUAUAUGUUGUUCUGUUCUUUGUGUUUCAACCAUGUGGCAGGCUAGGCCUCACCCUGCAUGUAACUGUCAUGCAGCUUUGACCCACAUAGUGGGGAUACUCAUAACUUAAUUCAAUACCUCAGCUAUACAGCUUUCAUUGCAGGGUAUAGGAUCAAUUACAAGGCUUACAGUACUUUAUGAUAGUGCAUGAUAUGUUGGUAAAAUUCACAUUUCCUGCUUAGAGGCAGAAAUAUAAGAGCACUGCAUUAAGAAUAUAACUUGAGAGAAUGAGGGCAACUCUAUUAUAUACAAUUAAAAGUUAAAACUCAAAUGAUUGAUUGAUUAAGUGAACUAACAGACAGCAUCAGGCUUGGAUGUUAAGCUUAAAGUUUUCUUGAUAAAAUCUAACUUUUGAAAGUAUAUUUAUAUAACAAUUGGAAUAAAUCUUUAAUUUAUUAAUAUUGCUACAUAUUAGAGAUGUAGUCUUAUGAUUAAUCACUUGACAGGUCUGUUGUACGUAAAUAUGUAUUUGACUCACAUAAAUUUAAAUAGUUUAUGCAAUGUGGCAGCAAUAAAAUUGUUAAGUUUCAUUUGUACAUGUACCAAAUGCCAUUAUUUGUAACUUUCUCAAACUGUGUUCUUCAAAUGUUAUUGAUGAUCUAUUCCUGAAAUGUACAAAUUGUGUACGAUUGUGCGUAUUGCAAAUAUUGCACUUUGACUUGUGAUUAAAACUUGCCCUGUG